AUGUCGUCGACGUUAUCCUUCAGCUAUGUAGUCGACGUUAUCCUUCAGCUAUGUCGUCGACGUUAUCCUUCAGAUCCACCAUCGACUCUCUCUCUCUCUUACUUUUUUCGAUUGCUAAAUGAGAUUUGUGUUGAUUUGUUUAAUGAAAGAUUAGACUGGUAUGUCCAUGAUGAAGAACGGCAACUUAUCUAUAUGUUGGAUGAAUUGCAGAGAGAUGAGUUAGAGUCGGAGAUGCCAGUUCCAACAGAUGGCUGGCUUCUUCUUUACGUGGAAAGAACAAGAAACAUAGACUGGAUGAGGCAUGUCUCGAAAGGCAAAGUGUUAGUGGAUGAGAAAAGAGCUAGUAAAGCUGGAAAGCCUGUAGCCAAUGGUGUCUCCAUUAAGAUUACUGCUGAGGUUCCCAAAUAUGUAUGUAGAGGUGGGCUUAAGCUGGAAGCUGGAAUAGAGAAGCUAGAUUUUGAUGUUUCUGAGAAAGUAGUUCUUGAUUCUGGAUUUUCUACUGGAGGGUUUACAGAUUGUUUGCUUCGUUAUGGUGCAGCUCAUGUGUAUGGUGUUGAUGUUGGUUAUG